AUGGUCUAUGAUGAAAGAUCUAGUUUCAACAGCUUCAAAGAACAAGAACAUAUAAUUGAAGAUAUUUCAGAAGAUUUACACGAAACAAAUGAAGAAGAAAUCGAGAUACUUAGUACAGAUGAUCUUCAAAAUGAAUUAAAGUGCUCGAUUACAAUCCUUGCUUCGGGAAAUUUUCCCAGGCGUGAACUGACCUCAGAAUCACCCAAGAAUUUAUUUACUCAACCUGAACUACAAUCAGUUUGUACGUCCGAUCAAGACAGUGACUUCUCAAACUAUAAUGUUGCACACGAAACAACCCUACUGGCGACAUCAGAUGUAUCUCAAUGUGACUCAUUUGGUUUCACUGACCGACAAGUUCCUCCAACACCACCAACUAAUCAGUCUGAUAAUCCUCUAUUAGCACCAAUUUCCUUAAAAUUACCACGUAAACAACGAUAUCAAACGCGUCUCUACCGACCACGAAUUGUUCGACGACUUGCCUCUGAUCGUCAAAAGACACCAACCAUACCAAAACAACGCACAAUACAGCAUUACCUAAACAAAUUUGAAUGUCUUACACAUCGUAUCAAUCGUUUAUAUAAAAGAAUCGACCGAAUACUGGAAUGUUACUUAUCCACACCAGAAACUGAACUUUGA